AUGUCAAUGAUUGCAAGCUCUUCACACAAUGAUCAAGAUUCAAUAAGCUUACAAUUGCAAGUGCUUCUCGAUGCUUUUGGUUCUCGUUUCUCUCUAGAUGACAUUACUGCUGCCUACCAAGAAGCUAGCGAGAAUGUUGAUGUGGCUGGUGAGAUUCUCUUUGCCAUGACUGAAAAGACUCAUCCUCAGUGUGAACAACUCGGAGCAACCUCAAAGACAGGACAAGGAGAUGGGAAAGCUAAAGUAUUGAAGCCAAAAAGAAGUUCUGUAUCUGUUGGCAGUGUUUCAAGUGUUAUUGGUAAGGAGUAUGUUAGAACAAGACAUGUAUCUAAUGCUCGUCAAGAAGCGACUAAACCAGUGAAGAUAGACUCAAAGGAUAUACCAGAAACUGAGAUGUGGUCUUGUGAAGAAAGAAACGAGGCAAACAUCAUAAGCAGGGCUCCAACUGAGAUUGAGGAGUUUAUUGUUAAGAUGCUUGGAGAAGGAUUUCAAGCUAGCCCAGAGUACAUUCACCACAUUCUUGGCGUAUGCGGCUAUGAUGUUAAGAAGAGUACGGAGAAACUACUUGACCUGUCUGUUACCAAGAAGCAUGCUGAUGUUGGAAUUUCCAAUGAACUUAUGUCAAAAGUUGAUUCUCAAAGACAAGGAUCUACAUCCUGCAGUGAUGGAGCAAGAACAUUAACAGGUUCGAAGGAAGGAGGCAAGGACAAUUCUGGUCUUGAAAAGGAGGUUUUAGAAGCUUUAUUCUCAAGUGCAGAAAGAUAUGAGGAAGUGCCAAAACUAACUCGGAGAUUUGUAGAAAGGAGAGCAAGAGUUGCUGGUCGUCCUGUUAUUAAACCUUUAGAAGACCCUUUUCAAGAGAAAGUAGUCACUGUGAAAGAAUCUUCACAUACAUCUAAAGAAGAUGAAGAUGAUGAAAAUGAAUUUAAGGCACAUCGUAAAGCAGUGCACGAAAAUUUGCAUGAGAUGAAAGAAUAUUACGGAGCUGCUGUAGAAGCAUUCUCCAAAGGAGAAACGGAGAGAGCACAGAGACUCGUGGAAAAGGGACAUUUCUUUGGACAAAAAGCUCGAGAAGCUGAUGACAAAUCCAUAGCAAAGAUGCUUGAAGUCAAGGAAGACAAUGGUUCCAGUUAUAAGGAAGAGGAGGUAGUGAUAGUGAAUGUGAAUGAGCUCGAACCAAAGGAAGCUCUUCGUCUUAUCAAACUCCAACUUAAGAACUUCACUGGCAUUCCAUCUAUCAGAUACCUCAGAGUCAAAUUAGGUGACAACAAAGAAGAUUCCAAAUGCAAACGAAGGCAUACAGCAAUUGCAAAGUUGCUGGAUGGAGAAUCCAUUGCUUGGUCUAAAGAAGAUGAUGGUCUCGUGAUGAUGAUUUGUAUUGAUGAGAUUGAUCCUGAGAAGCUGAGUUUUGCCAAGAAAUGAAAACAACAGUGGUUCUAAUCCUUUUGCUUCAUUCUGAUAAAAAUUUGGCUGAUCACUGUUUCAAACGUUUUGUAACGAAAACAGUGAAGAAGCACUUAGGCAGAAAUAUAAUUUUUUUGGUUUGAGAAUCAGAGAAUCAUCAAAGCCAUCUGACAUUACAAUAUGAUUAUAAUGUUUGAGAAACAAAACUUUGAACUCUACAGUAAGGAUCUAUCCGUGUGUGAGUCUAUGUACCUCUUCCUCAUAGGUUAACACGAUUUAUUUA